AUGGGAAAUAAUAAGAAGUCAACAGUAAAGAAUAAUUUCAAGCAGUUUCCAAUCAAGAUGAAGAAGGGACUGAAGAGUCAACAGUCCCAACCUGAUAAUGCAUCUCCAUCUAAAAGUGCUUCACUUGCUUCAAAGUGCCGAACACCGAGAAAAAACAAGUCUGCAGAACCAACUGAUGCAAAUACUUGUCAGAGGCGAUCAUCACCAAGGUUCAAAGAGGCUGCAGAACCAAGUAAUCCUAAAAGUACUACACAAACUCCGUCAAGUCCACAACCUGAAACUAACCAACCAACUCCAUACACUCGAAAGAAAGUAGUUUCUAAGACGAAGAAUGUGCUGACACCUACAAAGUCCAAAGAAGGGAACAAGACAGUAAAGCGGAAAUUGGACACAAGCACUGAUCCAUGUCCAAAUAUUCAACUCAGGAAUCCAAAUGACACUUUUUCUGAUUUUGAAGAGGAAGAAGAUGAUGAAAUUUUACAGCACAACAAAGACGUGCAAGAGGAAGAGUUUGAUGUUGAUUCUGAUGAAGGAAAAGAUAAUUAUGAUGGUGAUGAGACUGGUGUGGAAAAGGAAUUGGAUAAUGAUGAUAAUGGUAGUGAUGAUAAGCCAGAAGAUGAGGUUGUGGAACCAAGAAAGAGAAGAAAGUUUGUUCCACGUGGACCAACACAGAUGCAUGCAAUGAGGUUAGAUAACACAGAUCCGAAAGCCAAAGUUCCCUUCCACUUUAAAGAACAACCAAUUGGUGAUCCAUAUGUGUAG